AUGGAAAAAGAGUAUAAUCAGCAGCAAAAAUAUAGAGAAUGGUUAGAGCAGUCGCAUAGAUUUGCAUCAACUGUGGCUGGAAUUUUGAUAGAAUGUCAGGAGCAGUCUAGAAGAUUUAAUGAAGACAUGAAUAAACUUGUGAAUUUUAUUUAGUUUGAGGAUGGAAAAGAAGAUUUCAAUAUAAUUAAUUCAGAUGCAAGAAAAAGUGCAAAUAAAAUUUUUGAAGAGUGUUACAGAAAAGAGCAAGAAGAAAAAGAAAAGAUUGAAAGAGAAUACCAAUUAAAAUGCGAAGAAAUUAAAGCUGGCAGAGCAAAAUUCAGAGUAGAAAACAUUGAGAAAGCAUUCCAAAUAGCCAAAAUCUCUGCAUUUUCAAAAAUUAAAGAAAGACUGAGAUCACUCCCAAAAAUAAGUAAAAGCUGUAAAACUAAUAGAAUACCAAGGCCUCUAUGAAGCAUUAUCAUUGAAUACUGUGACCCUGCUUCUAGAUGCAAGCUAGAAAAGGUCUGCAGACUUCUAUUUCAUUUAGCAAAUGAAAUAUGCCCUGCAUGCACUUUAAGUAUUGGAAGCGAAAUAUGUUGUAAUUUUUGAAAAAGUCAAAGCAUUAUUCGAAGAAUUGAUAUAAAAUAUGAGGAUGCUAAUUGCAUGUAUAUUAAACGGGUUGUCCUUCAAAAUAUUGAAAUAAAUGUAUUUGAAAGAAAUUUGUAUUUUAUUCGGAAAAAUACUUGUGAUAGAGACUUGCAUUUUUGGGAACCUAAGAAUGAUGAUAAGAAAUAUAUUGUUUGCAGGUAUUGUAGAAAAGGAGCGCAAAUUAAAGAAAUAUGUGGAGCUCAAUGUAGAAGCCAUGGAGAGUUAUGUAUAACCAAAGGUUCUAAAUUUCCUGCAUGUAAUAAUCAUAAAUGCAUAUGCUGUAUAGCUUCUCCAGAAAUUGCUUCAGCUUUUAGGACAAUGGAUGCAAUUUAUUUAGAUUGUAGGAAAGUUGUGAUUAAUAAAGGAGGAAAAAAGAACUUGAAUGAGCUUGAAUUUAAAGUCAAGCUUGCUUAA